AUGCCCUGGCUCCCAGCAGGCCACGACAUCAACGGUGCCCUGGAGCCCUCCAACAUAGACACCAGCAUCCUGGAGGAGUACAUCAGCAAGGAGGACGCCUCUGACCUCUGCUUCCCCGACAUCUCGGCUCCAGCUAGUGCAGCCUCCUACCCCCACGGGCCGCCAGCGAUCCCGGGCUCCAGCGGGGGCCACCACCUGAGCCCCCCCGGGGGCGGACCCUCCCCGGGGCGCCACGGCUCCCUCCCCGCCCCGAGCUACAGCUCCGCGCUCAACUGCAACAACAAUGCUAUGGCCAGUGCUCCCAAGCCCUUCCUGGGGGGCUCUGGGCCCCCCAUCAAGGCCGAGCCCAAGGCUCCCUAUGCCCCAGGCACACUGCCGGAUUCUCCCCCAGACUCGGGCUCCGAGGCCUACUCCCCCCAGCAGGUGAAUGACCCCCAUCUCCUGCGCACCAUAACCCCUGAGACCCUGUGCCACGUGGGAGUGCCCUCCCGCCUGGAGCACCCGCCUCCACCUCCGGCCCACCUCCCAGGCCCCCCGCCGCCCCCGCCACCCCCACCUCACUACCCUGUCCUGCAGCGGGAUCUGUACAUGAAGACCGAGCCCCCGAUGCCCCCUUAUGCUGCCAUGGGGCAGGGGCUCGUGCCCAGCGAUCUCCACCACACGCAGCAGUCCCAGAUGCUGCACCAGCUGCUGCAGCAGCAUGGAGCUGAGCUCCCCACACACCCCUCCAAGAAGAGGAAGCACUCCGAAUCACCUCCCAACACCCUCAAUGCCCAGAUGCUGAAUGGAAUGAUCAAACAGGAGCCUGGGACAGCAACGACCCUGCCCCCACACCCAGCUCGAGCCCCAUCCCCACCCUGGCCUCCCCAGGGCCCCCUCUCACCCGGGUCCGGCUCCUUGCCCCUCAGCAUUGCCCGGGUCCAGACACCACCUUGGCACCCGCCAGGGGCACCCUCACCAGGUCUCCUGCAGGACAAUGAUAGCCUCAGUGGCUCCUACCUGGACCCCAACUACCAGUCCAUCAAGUGGCAACCACAUCAGCAGAACAAGUGGGCCACGCUGUACGACGCAAACUACAAGGAGCUGCCCAUGCUCACCUACCGCGUGGACGCUGACAAGGGCUUCAACUUCUCGGUGGGCGACGACGCGUUCGUGUGCCAGAAGAAGAACCACUUCCAGGUCACCGUGUACAUUGGCAUGCUGGGCGAGCCCAAGUACGUCAAGACGCCUGAGGGCCUCAAGCCCCUCGACUGCUUCUACCUGAAACUGCACGGAGUGAAGCUGGAGGCCCUGAACCAGUCCAUCAACAUCGAGCAGUCACAGUCGGACCGGAGCAAGCGGCCCUUUAACCCUGUCACGGUCAAUCUGCCCCCUGAGCAGGUCACGAAGGUGACUGUGGGCCGUCUGCACUUCAGCGAGACCACUGCCAACAACAUGCGCAAGAAGGGCAAACCCAACCCUGACCAGAGGUACUUCAUGCUGGUGGUGGCCCUCCAGGCCCACGCCCAGAACCAGAACUACACGCUGGCUGCCCAAAUCUCAGAGCGCAUCAUCGUGAGGGCCUCCAACCCAGGCCAGUUUGAGAGUGACAGCGACGUGCUGUGGCAGCGGGCGCAGGUGCCCGACACUGUCUUCCACCAUGGCCGUGUGGGCAUCAACACCGACCGGCCCGACGAGGCGCUGGUAGUGCACGGCAACGUCAAGGUCAUGGGCUCGCUCAUGCACCCCUCGGACCUGCGGGCCAAGGAGCACGUGCAGGAGGUGGACACCACGGAGCAGCUGAAGAGGAUCUCGCGCAUGCGGCUGGUGCACUACAGAUACAAGCCGGAGUUUGCAGCCACAGCGGGCAUCGAGGCCACGGCACCAGAGACCGGUGUCAUCGCCCAGGAAGUGAAGGAGAUCCUGCCUGAGGCCGUGAAGGACACUGGAGACUUGGUCUUUGCCAAUGGGAAAACCAUAGAGAACUUCUUGGUGGUGAACAAGGAGCGCAUCUUCAUGGAGAACGUGGGUGCCGUGAAGGAGCUGUGCAAGCUGACGGACAACCUGGAGACGCGCAUUGAUGAGCUAGAACGCUGGAGCCACAAGCUGGCCAAGCUGCGGCGGCUGGACAGCCUCAAGUCCACGGGCAGCUCGGGCGCCUUCAGCCGUGCAGGGAGCCAGUUCAGCCGGGCGGGCAGUGUCCCCCACAAGAAGAGGCCCCCCAAGGUGGCCAGCAAGUCGUCCUCUGUGGUCCCAGACCAGGCCUGCAUCAGCCAGCGCUUCCUGCAGGGAACCAUCAUUGCCCUGGUGGUGGUCAUGGCCUUCAGCGUGGUGUCCAUGUCCACACUGUACGUGCUGAGCCUGCGCACCGAGGAGGACCUGGUAGAAACUGAUGGCAGGUCCAGCCAGAGCUUCGGGACCACCCAGCUCCGACAGUCCCCCGGGACCACUGGGCUGCCAGGCACACCGCCCUCCUUGCUGCUGGUUGCCACUGGCCCGACCAGCUCGGCCCCAGGUCCGGUCAUCCCCACCUUGGACUUGUGCUCUAGCCGCCCUUGCCCAGUCGUCUGCUGCUCCUCGCCCACCCCCAGCCCUAUCGCUGCCCCGAGUCUUGGCCCCAGCUUUAACCCUGGCCACGGCCUCAGCCCCAGUCCCAGCCCCUCCACCAACCGCUCAGGCCCCAGCCAGAUGGCCCUGCUGCCAGUCACCAACAUCAGAGCCAAGUCCUGGAGCCUGUCAGCCAAUGGUAUUGGCCACUCCAAGCAUCCAAAGAGCUCCGAGCCUCUGGCCAGCCCUGCGGUCCCCUUCCCUGGAGGGCAAGGCAAAGCCAAGAACAGCCCCAGCCUUGGUCUCCAUGGGCGGACCCGCCGAGGGGCCCCCCAGCCUGGCCUGAGCCCUGUUCAGCCCACUCAGGCCCGGGGCCAGCCAGACCCAGUGCCUUCCCUGACCUCCAUCCAGGUGCUGGAGACUUCAAUGCCCAUCACUUCCCAGUACUGCGCUCCAGGGCAUGCCUGCAGGCCUGGAAACUUCACCUACCACAUCCCUGUCAGCAGCAGCACGCCGCUGCACCUCAGCCUGACUCUGCAGAUGAACUCUUCGUCUCCCGUGUCUGUGGUGCUGUGCAGCCUGAUGUCAAAGGACGAGCCGUGUGAGGAGGGGGGCUUCCCACAGAGCCUGCACACCUACCAGGACACCCAGGGCACUUCCCACCAGUGGCCAGUAACAAUCCUGUCUUUCCGAGAAUUCACCUACCACUUCCGGGUGGCCCUCCUGGGUCAGGCCAACUGCAGCGCGGAGGCCCCGGUCCGGCCGGCCACGGACUACUACUUCCAUUUCUACCGCCUGUGUGACUGA